AUGGCAUCCCCCCUAACCCGAACCCUCGCCCGCCUCCGGUCACCAACCUACCCAAACACAGGCUCCGUUGCUCGCGACCACCUAGCAUCGGAGCGGACCUUUUUAGCCUGGAUCCGGACGGGGCUGGGCUUCGUGGCCCUCGGCAUCGCCAUCGAACGCUUCUCUCAGCUUGACCUGUCAGAGCUACUACACCCCCAAUCGUCACCAGCAGCGACGUCAACAGCAUCGUCAUCAUCAUCAUCUUCCAAGCAGCAAGGAGCUCAGAGCCAGCAGGAUAGAGACCAGACCAGGGUCAUGGUGGGACCACUGCUCGGUCUCGGCUCCGGUAGCAUUGUCUACGGUGCAGCCCGUUACUUUUCCAACCUCGUCAUGCUGGAGAGGGGUCUAUUCAGGCCUGCCUACUACGGAGUCGCCGUCCUUGCCGCCAGCGUGGCUGGAUUGUCAGGAGGUCUUUAUGGAAACGUUGUGAGGAUGGGGAGGAGGAGUCGGGAGGAGGAGGAGUGUUGA